AUGGUACACUUCAGGAAGAAAUCAUCUCACAGUAAUGGGGAUAAUGAGAAGUUGGACGUUAAGUUAUCUAAGGAAGAUGCUGAUAGGUUGAAGGUGAGGACGGCAUCAGUUGCUGAUCCUAUUUUGGAAGCUGUUCAAGAGGCUCAGCCUUUUGAGCAGAUGGCUGGUACUUUUGAAGAAAAUGCCAAUAGACAUUCUUAUUAUACUAAUGAGAAUGAAGUGCUUCAAGAUAUAUUUGGACAACCUAUUAAUCAACCAGAUAUCUCUAAUCCAACCAGGGCUAGAGAUGAAAGACCUUUAGAUACAAUCAGAUCUUUUGAAUAUGCUAUAUCGGGUGAUCCAAGUUGGGCUCAGCAACUUGAAACUCAACAAUAUGGUUUUAGAGUAAGACCAGAUUUCCCAAAUUUUGGUGGUGUUAACCCAUAUGAUGGUGGUAACUCCCAAAUGUAUGGUGAACAAGCUGUUUAUCAACCAAAGACUUCUACUGCUGAUGUUGGUGAAAAGAAGAAGAAGAAGAAGUUUGGUCUUUUUGGUAAGAAGAAGAAAUAG